AUGGCUUUUAAAUUGGUAGCACUUGUUCUAGCUUCGUCGGCCCUGCUCGACGGAGGGAGAGCGGAGGGCGGCGGUCACGCGCACUCUUUCCACCAUUUCCACGGACCUGUGAUAGGCGAAGCUCAAGAAGUGAGUUGGAAGGACAAGCACGGCCAUCGUGAUCACGAUUACGUGGCGUAUCCCCAUUACGAGUUCUCGUACGGCGUGGAGGAUCAUCAUACUGGCGACUAUCACGGCCAAAAGGAGCACAGAGACGGCAAAGACGUUGUCGGUGAAUACACGAUAAAGGAGCCCGGUGGUAACAUUAGAACGGUGAAAUAUCGGGCAGGGAAGAAUGGAUUUUUCGCCCACGUUUUCAACAGCAAUGGCAACGACCACGAUGGAGGCCAUCACCAUUAAGCGGGGCGUCAUCAUCCGUUACCAAAGAUUUUCUCGUUACGUUGCGAUUGUUAUUGUUGUUGUUGUUGUUAUGCAACGUUGAUUGUUUCGUUUUUGUUGCACUGAUUAAAAUAAGGAAAAAAAAAAGAGAGAGAGAGAGAGAGAGAGAGAAAAAGAUCGAUCGAAA